ACAAAAUUUCUUGCUCAUAUACAGCUUCUGCUGGUGAUGUCUUUUAGCUUCAGUAUAUUUAGAGUUGGAUUCCCUUUUGUCAUGAUGGGUAUUUUCAACAAUUCAACAGUAGCCACUUUACCAGAGUUGAGUCCUCAGAAAUAUUUCGGUACAUUGCAAGCAGGAAAAGCUUCUUUAGCUUAUUUUUGUCAAGCUGAUUCUCCAAGUACUUCUAUAUUUCUUGAAGAACUGAACGAAGCUGUUAAACCUCUCCAAGAUUAUGGAAUUUCAGUUGCAAAGGUUAAUUGUUUCAAAGAAGAAAUUUCAAGAUACUGUGGCAAAGAAAAGGAUUUGAUGAAAGCAUAUUUAUUCAGGGGCAACAUAUUACUGAGAGAAUUCCCUACUGACACCUUAUUUGAUGUGAAUGCCAUCGUUGCUCAUGUUCUCUUUGCUCUUCUUUUUAAUGAAGUAAAAUAUAUUACUACUCUGGAAGAUCUUCAGAACAUAGAAAGUGCUCUGAAAGGAAAAGCGAAUAUUGCAUUUGCAUAUGUAAAAGCCAUUGGAACACCAGAGCACAGAGCAGUCAUGGAAGCUGCUUUUGUGUAUGGGACCACAUACCAAUUUGUCUUAACCACAGAAAUUGCACUUUUGGAAAGUAUUGGUACUGAAGAUAUAGAACAUGCUCAUCUCUACUUUUUUCAUUGUAAACCAAUCUUGGACUUCAUCCAGAAAUGUAGAAGAACACUAAUGGAACAGCCAUUGACAACACUGAACAUUCAUCGAUUUAUUAAGACAAUGGAAGCACCUCUGCUGACUGAAGUUGCUGAAGAUCCUCAGCAAGUUUCGACUAUUCAUCUCCAACUAGGAUUACCGCUGGUUUUUAUUGUUAGUCAGCAAGUCACAUACGAAGCUGAUAGAAGGACUGCAGAAUGGGUUGCUUGGCGUCUUCUGGGAAAAGCUGGAGUUCUCCUAUUGCUAAGGGACUCUUUGGAAGUGAACAUUCCUCAGCACACUAAUGUGGUCUUCAGAAGAGCAGAAGAGGGAGUGUCAGUGGAAUAUUUGGUGUUACAUGAUAUUGAUUCAAUAAUAUCCCGUGUGGAAAAUAAUGCACACACUGAGGAAAUCCAAGAAGAUGAAGACGAUGACAUGGAGGGUCCAGAUAUGGAUACUCAAGAUGAUGAAGUAGCUGAAACUGUUUAUAGAGACAGAAAAAGACAAUUACCUUUGGAACUCACAGUGGAAUUAACAGAAGAGACAUUUAACACGACAGUAAUGUCUUCUGACAGCAUCGUGCUCUUCUAUGCUGGUUGGGAACCAGUAUCCAUGGCGUUUCUGCAGUCAUAUAUUGAUGUGGCAAUUGAAUUGAAAGGCUCAUCCAGUAUGUUACUUUGUAGAGUAAACUGUGGAGAUUGGUCUGACAUAUGUACUAAGGAAAAUGUUACUGAAUUUCCUCUUGUAAAGAUGUACAAGGAAGGUGAGGACCCAAUAUCUUAUGCUGGUAUGCUAGGAACUGAAGAUCUUCUAAGAUUUAUCCAGCUCAACAGGAUUUCAUGUCCAGUGAAUAUAACAUCUGUCCAAGAAGCAGAAGAAUAUUUAAGUGGGAAACUAUAUAAAGAUCUGAUUUCCUAUUCUAAUGUGUCAGUACUGGGAGUAUUUAGCCCAACUAUGACAGCAGCAAUAGAAGACUUCACUGAAGCAGGAAACUACCUAAAAGGAUCUGUCAUCACUGGAAUUUAUUCUGAAGAAGACAUUUUUAUAUUGUCAAAUAAAUAUGCUACAGCUGUUCCAGCCCUGCUGCUUGCCAGACACAAACAAGGAAUAAUAGAGAGCAUUCCACUGACUAACACCCAUGCACAAGACAUAGUUCAAAUAAUAACAAAUGCACUACUGGAAACAUUUCCAGAAAUCACUGUGGAAAAUCUUCCCACUUAUUUACGACUUCAGAAACCAUUACUUAUUUUGUUCAGUGAUGGCAGCAUAAAUCCUAAGUAUGAAGAAGUGAUAUUGACGCUGAUAAAACAAAAACAUUUGGAUUCACUUACCCCUUGCUGGUUAAAUCUAAAGAAUACUCCUGUGGGGAGAGGAAUCUUGCAGGUGUAUUUUGACCUUCUGCCUCCCCUUCCACUUCUUGUUUUGGUGAAUCUGCAUUCAGGAGGACAAGUAUUUGCAUUUCCUUCAGAUCAGUCUGUAACUGAACAAAACCUUUUCUUGUGGCUUAAGAAAUUAGAAGAAGGAGUAGAAAGUCAUAUCAGAAUUUUACCUGCUGAGGAAUGGAAACCUCCUCUUCCUGCCUAUGAUUUUCUAAGUAUGAUGGAUGCUGCAACAUCUCAACAUCCCACUGGGGAAGCUCCUGAAUAUAUGAAAGAAACUGAUGUGCAGGAGAAUAAUAAGGAACAACAUGACGAUAAAUCAACAGUCAGAAAAGAACCAGUUGAAACAUUGAGAGUAAAGCAUUGGAAUAGAAGUAAUUGGUUUAAAGAAGCAGAAAAAUCAUUUAGGCAUGAAAAAGAGUUAUGA